CUCGCUGUCUCAGGCCUUCCUUAAAUCUUUCCAUGUCUGAAUGGACUCCUGAAUGUAAUAUAGUUUAUACUCCAGAAGCGGAUAUGAAGAGUGAAGUUCCUUCUGAUGCACCAAAGAGACAGGAGAGUCUGAAGGGGAUCCUCUUGAACCCUGAGCCUAUUGGGGCGGCCAAAAGCUUCACUGCAGAAGUUGAGAUGAUUGCCAGUAAAGUAGGGAAUGAGUUCUCCCACUUAUGUGGUGACUCUCAAAAGCAGAAGGACAUGAAUGGCAACCAUACAGACCAAGAAAAAAGUAUCGUGGUGCGAAAAAAACGCAAGAGCCAGCAGGCUGGUCCUUCGUACACUCAGAACUGUCCUGAUAAGGAAAACAAAGGAAUCUUGGGAUUGAGACAGCAUCUAGAAACACAGAGUGAGGACAAUGACUCUUCUUUUAGUGACUGUAUCUCUUCACCUUCCUCUAGCUUACACUUUGGAGACUCUGACACAGUAACAUCUGAUGAAGAGAAGGAUGCUCCUGUCAGACACCCUCAGGCAGUGCUGAAUCCUGCGAGCAGAACUCACAGUGCCAGGUCACACAAGUGGCCUCGCACUGAGGCAGACUCUGUACCCGGGUUACUCAUGAAAAGGCCCUGCUUUCACAACAGCUCUUUAAGAAGGCUCCCAUAUAGGAAAAGAGUUGUGAAAACAGGUUCGUCCCAGCGGACACAGAACCAAAAAGAGCGGAUUUUAAUGCAGAGGAAGAAGCGGGAGGUGCUGGCGCGCAGGAAGUACGCGCUGCUGCCCAGCUCCAGCAGCUCCAGCGAGAACGAUCUCAGCAGUGAAUCUUCCUCCAGUUCAUCUACUGAGGGGGAGGAAGACUUAUUUGUGUCACCUGGUGAAAACCACCAGAACAGUACAGCUGUUCCUUCAGGAAGUAUUGAUGAAGAUGUUGUGGUGAUUGAAGCAUCCUCCACUCCCCAGGUCACUGCUAACGAAGAAAUAAAUGUUACCUCAACAGACAGCGAAGUGGAGAUUGUCACAGUUGGUGAAAACUACAGGUCUCGUUCUGCACUUGGGCACACAAGAUCCCACUGGGGACAGAGCUCUGGCUCUCACGCUCCACGAGCUCCGGAGCAGCGGAACCGCAGCAGGAUCUCCACGGUCAUCCAGCCCCUGAGGCAGAAUGCGGCCGAGGUGGUGGACCUCACGGUGGAUGAGGAUGAGCCGACAGUUGUGCCAACCACGUCAGCUCGAGUGGAGCCGCAGGUCGUGAGUUCUGCUUCCAGUACCAGUACCAGUACCUCUACCUCAGAGCAGGCCUCUGAUGCAGCUCCCACCAUCUCCACCAGCCAGCCCUCUGCAGCUCCAGAGACGACUCCCAGUCUUCCCAGUGGCAGCACUGCUGGUACUUCAGCUGGAGAUGACAUAAGAAGAACUGCAUCUAAUACAACACUGGAAACCGGCCCUCCGGCCAUGCCAAGGUUACCAUCCUGCUGCCCUCAGCAUUCUCCUUGUGGAGGACCUUCACAGACUCAUCAUGCCUUGGGGCACCCACAUACAAGCUGCUUUCAGCAGCAUGGCCACCACUUCCAGCAUCACCACCACCACCACCACAACCCUCACCCAGCUGUCCCGCUCUCUCCUUCGUUCAGUGACUCCAGCUGCCCUGUGGAAAGGCCUCCCCCCGUGCCUGCCCCGUGUGGAGCGAGCAGCAGUUCUGGCACCACGUACCACGACCAGCAGGCACUGCCAGUGGACUUAAGCAGCAGUGGUAUAAGAAGUCACGGAAGUGGUGCUUUCCAUGGAACGUCUGCUUUUGAUCCCUGCUGUCCUGGUUCUUCAUCCCGAACGACAAUCUACGGGCACCAGGCUGGGGCUGGGCCGAGCCAGUCCCUGACCAUAGACGGAUAUGGAUCGAGCAUCGUUGCUCAGCCACAGCCCCAACCUCCUCCUCAGGCGUCGCUCUCCUCCUGUCGCCAUUACAUGCACUCUCCUUAUGCUUCCUUGACCAGACCUCUUCACCAUCAAGCUUCUGCAUGUCCUCACUCUCAUGGAAAUCCUCCUCCACAGCCACAACCUCCACCUCAAGUAGAUUAUGUCAUCCCUCAUCCAGUGCAUCCCUUCCAUCCUUCAAUCUCCUCUCAUGCAUCUUCUCAUCCUGUUCCACCUCCACCACCAACUCAUCCUUUAGCCAAUGCAGCUGCUCCGAUCCCACAGCAUCUUCCUGCAACACACCAGCCUAUAUCCCAUCACAUUCCUGCAACAGCACCUCCAGCACAGAGGCUACAUCCUCACGAAGUGAUCCAGAGGAUGGAGGUCCAGAGAAGAAGGAUGAUGCAACACCCAACACGUGCUCAUGAGCGGCCUCCUCCACAUCCUCACAGAAUGCAUCCCAAUUAUGGGCAUGGGCAUCACAUUCAUGUGCCUCAGACUAUGUCUUCCCAUCCUCGACAAGCUCCAGAGAGAUCUGCCUGGGAACUAGGAAUUGAAGCUGGUGUGACUGCAGCUACUUACCCUCCAGGGCCUUUGCAUCCUCACUUGGCCCACUACCAUGCACCUCCUCGACUGCAUCACUUGCAAAUAGGGGCACUCCCUCUAAUGGUACCAGACAUGGCGGGCUACCCUCACAUCCGUUACAUUUCAUCGGGAUUGGAUGGAACAUCAUUCAGAGGCCCUUUCAGGGGCAAUUUUGAGGAGCUGAUUCACUUGGAGGAACGAUUAGGCAACGUUAAUCGUGGAGCAACACAGGGAACUAUAGAAAGAUGCACAUAUCCACAUAAAUACAAAAAGGUAACAACUGAUUGGUUCUCACAGAGGAAACUACACUGCAAACAAGAUGCAGAGGAAGGAACAGAAGAAGACACAGAGGAGGCACUGUGUGAAGCUGCUCCUUUGAACGAGGUCGGUCUGCUCUGGGUGGUCCCGCUGGUCCUGCAGUGCUGGCCCCCACAGCUGCCACCCAUAAUAACCUCGAUGCGAAGCGCAGGUGCUUCCAUUGCUUCGCGGGCCUCUCCCCAGCUGUACACGGCUGUUACGUGGCCGUUCGCCGCAGUGCCGCUGCUUUUGGGGUUAAAACGUCCUUUUUUGGGACCGUGGGCUGGGCCGAUCCCCGAGGGCGGGGCCGCCCUUCCCUCAGGGCCUGGAACCGGAAACGGCUCGGACCGUUUCCUGUUGGGGCGGAGCCUGGGCAGGCGGGCCAAUGGGACGCGUGCAUUGUACGAAGUUAGCCAAUGGGAGAGCGGGCCGGGCUUUAAAGGGAGUCGCGGGAGCGUGCGGCUGCGGCUACCGUUCGUGCUGCGGAGCGGAGCGGGUCCCUCACGCUACUGCCCGUGA